AUGCUUGAGUAUGCAACUAAGUUUACGAUGAAUGGCAAGUACAUUGUCAGGCUAUCUGGAAAGAAUACAUACGUUGGCCUGUUUACGCUUGAUGCUCUGCGCGGUGUCGGUGAUGUUCCAGAGUUGGAUAUCUUGGAACGCUCCAUGCUUAGCAAGAUGAAACUUCAACCAUUGUCUGAUGAAGAGAGAAAGACGCUUUUCAACGAGGAGAUCGAAGUAGAAGAAGAAGUACCAGUAGAAGGACCAACAGAUAAAUCCAAGGUGAUAUGGAAAAAACUUAACAAGUACUUGGAAUAUUCCGAGAAUGUACUUGUAAAUGGAAUGCACAUUCUCAAGAUGCGCAAAAAAGACACUGUAAUCGGCUUGAUGACUGAUGACCAUAUUGCUGCAGAGAAUGUAGAGUGUCAUUCUCUUAGCCAGAAGGAAAAAGAGAAGUUGUUUGCUAUGGGAUUUAAACCGCAUGAGCAUAAGCAAAGCUUGCCACAGAAAGAUGAGAGCACAUGUGAGGAUGAUAAAGAUGCUGAGGGCGAUAAAGAUGCUGAGGAUGACAAAGAUGCGGUGGGUGAUAAAGAUGCUGAAGAUGACAAAGAUGCUGAGGGUGAUAACGAUGCUGAGGAUGACAAAGAUGCUGAGGGUGAUAACGAUGCUGAAGAUGAUAAAGAUGCUGAGGAUGAUAAAGAUGCUGAGGAUGUUAUGUGGAAAAGUCGAGACAAAUUUACCAACAACAAACAAAAGCAGAAGUUAAUUGCCAUGGGGUUCACGAUCGAGGAAUUGCCUAAAUUGUACUCUCCAGAUGUAAAGUUUUGGUAG